GAGCAGCUUCAUAACUUCACUAAGAUGAGUCCAAUGACACUGAGAGUCGACCUCAGAGCCGGAGACGAGUCCGUGUACGCACACUAUUCCUCGUUCUCCAUUGACAAUGCAAAAAAACACUACACCAUCAGAGUGUCUGGAUAUUCUGGCACAGCUGGUGACUCACUGACGUACCAUAACGGACGGCCGUUCUCCACGCGGGACAGAGACCCUCAGCCGUUCAUCACGCGCUGUGCCAUGUCCUACAGAGGUGGUUGGUGGUAUAAGAACUGCCACGAGGCCAAUCUCAACGGCCUCUAUAACACAAACACCAACCACCAGGGAGUGAUCUGGACCGAGUGGAAAGGCAAAGAUUUCUCCAUUCCCUUCACUGAGAUGAAAUUCCGCCCAGCCUCAUUCAGGCCCUGAACAAGAGGAUAAACGCAUUAGUGCAGGAGAGCCGGGAUGCCCUCCCAUUAUGGACAAAAACAUAAACACACCUUCAUUGAAAAACAAGUAUCAUUACUGCAUGUAUAACCACACAAUUAGGCUACAUAACCACAUCUACACACGUACUCCAAUUGAAAUGUCAAGGCCAAAAAGGCUGUUUAUCUGUAGUCUAUAUGUAGUAUUGUACAGUGUUUGGAUUCUCUGUGGUCUGUGCAUUGUGACGCCCCACAGCAGCUGGAGGAAAUAUUAUGCACUGCCUUCUUCUCUACGAUGAAGCUGUGGACUAGGUGUCACAUAUAUCAGCUUGAACUAUCAAGAAUCUGAUGUUUGUAUUCAUAUUGCUUUGUAUGUACCUUAUUUCAGUGUCUUACAGAGAGAUUUCAUAAAAUAAAAAAGCUGUAAGUUGGUAUAUGUUAGUGUUUUAACAUUCUAUGGCUCUAUAAAAAUAUAUAUUUGAUAU